UUAAGACGGACAAGACGCGGUCAGCCAUCGUCUGCAUGAGGAGAGUUGAGCUGUCGCGUGAAGAACCUCGGGGCUUGCCGAAGGAGCGCUGUGACAGGAAUCACCUAGCGUGUCUAGCUUCGCGACUUAGAGACAUUGCAUAAUGAAUUUUACUUGUUUCGGUAAGGAGGUCAUGACCUGUUUAUUGUUUCUUUAUGUAUGAAUGAAGACAAUGAUACAGGGUGUCACUGUGCAAGGAAACAGACUGAGAUAUAAGUUGUUACGUUAUGCCAAAGCAACAGUUAAGAGUUUAAACUACAUUGCCAAAGUAAACUGUUUAUUCCUUACAAAUUAGCUUGCCACCCUAUGUGGUUUCAAAGCUUUUAUAGGAGGUUAAAAAAUCGUUCAAAUUCGCAUGUAAACAGGAAGACUAGUCAUAAACAAAAUGUUAAAGUUAGGCGCUUUUGAGAAUUCUUUACGUGGUGGUCCUGACAUAUCAGCGUCAAUCAGUGGUAACAUUACAACGCCUAAAACGAAACAGAUUCUGCAGAACCAUCACAAAUCAUGCACAGGAGAACAUCACGGCAGUGGUAUUGAGAAGUGGAAACGGAACCAAGGAAGGAAGCCGCAUCAUCAUCAUCACCACCAUCGUCAUCGAAACACUAGUUGUUCCCACCACAACCGGUCGAGGAGCCUGUGUAGUGCUAAUUCAUUAGACUACAGCGAUACAGACAGUGGUCAGGAAUCUCUCGCUUCAACCCUACGCGCUACCAAAACCGCACGUCAGUCAGAGUCUCUAUUCAUCACCGAGGAUACAGCGUGUUAUGACUCAAAUAACGAAUGUUCUUCUUGCGACAGUCACAUUAACAAAGCGUCACAUCGGCUAUACUCGACGCCCACUAAAGCAUCAGCAGCCAAAACUGCCUUUCAUGGUAGCAGCCAUUUUGAUGGAGAUGAAAUAGACGUGGGCAAAAUGGCGGAGGAUAUGUGUUGUGUCUCACCAAAGAAUGAUAAUGAUGAUGAAGAUUUAACGAAUGACAGUUUCGUAGGUCUGCGUAGGCAGAGUGUGAAGACAUUGGCGUUGGAAGGCGUUGAAAAGAUUAGUGUGAGGUUAAGUAUGAGAAGGAAGAGGCGAAAUGAGAGGGUCACUGAACAUGUUGCCGGCAGUCCACGUGAUUCUACCGUGAAGGUGGUUGGUGCUGGGGAAGAACAACGUGUAAGAAGGUCACAGCCCGUCAAGAAGUCGUCAUUGAAGUCAAAAAAUUCUCAAGAAUUGAUAAGUGAAGACAGGAAUGUUGAUCAGAAUGUGCUUAAAUCGGUAUCAGCAAAGAAUUGCAUGAACAAAAAUGCUUUCUUUAAAAGUCCUACUGAACUUGUUACCAAAGAUAAUUCAUCCGUGAACAUUAAGACUCCCGACAACGACUUCCAGCGCAAUAAGAAGACAGCACCAAUAAGAAAUCUGCAUAAUAACGUGAACGGAACGGGGUCUCAAGAAAGCGUUGUGGGAGCUGGUGCUUAUAAAUUCAACAGGAGUCGUACCCCGACAAGGAAAUCUUUGAAGUCGUCUGGAGUGGUGAAUGGGAGAGAUAAUCACGAGUCAGGGUCACCCUUGAAGUCAGAUAUCCUUAAUGGCCGAGGGACCAAACCACCGGGUCCUAAGAAGUCGGUGUCUGGUGGCAGAAGACCUCCAUCUGGAAAUAAGAAGUUCUCGGGUGUAUUCAAAGUGUCGUGGAGUGAACUUGCAGAGGCGGCCCUCAACACUAAACCCAACGCACACUCAACGACAGGCAGGAAUGUCUUGUAUAAGGACCUGAAUCAGCUUCUGGUAGACAGCAAACAUCUUCCCUCAGAUGACAAGCAAGCAAAAUCAGAUGAGCAGCUUGCAACUGAGCGCGCCUGGCUGGAAGCAGAGCGACUAUGGUUAGUGCACCGAGCUGGCUUCUCUGCAGUCCGAAGGCUUCCAGAGGAAUUCUCAGCAAGUGGUGGAGGUGAUUCUGAUACAAGUAAGCUCCAUAUACGUUUGGAGGCUACUGAAGAAGUCCUGCAGGUUGAUGAUGAUGAUGUUGAAAAGGCAAAUCCUCCACAGUUCGACCGAGCUGAGGAUCUUGCUCAUCUUCGCUACCUGAAUGAAUCCAGUGUGCUGCACACAUUAAGGCAACGGUAUGGCAGCAACCUUAUCCAUACAUAUGCGGGCGGGUCCAUGGUUGUUAUCAACCCCAUGGCUCCCCUGGCUAUUUACUCAGAGAAGGUGGUGCACAUGUUCCGAGGAUGUAAGUCAGAAGAUAUGCCACCACACAUCUAUUCGUUGGCUCAGUCUGCAUACCAUGGUAUGCUGGCAUCCAGGAGGGAUCAUUCCAUUGUUCUAUUGGGACGUAGUGGGAGUGGCAAGACGACCAACUUCAAACAUAUACUUCACUAUCUGGUGCUUGCUGCUGGUGCUGUCAACAAGGUUGUGACUGUAGAGAAAUUGAAUGCUAUUAGCAUGGUGCUUGAGGCUUUUGGCAACUCACGGACCAUGCUCAACACCAAUGCUACCCGUUUCACACAGAUAUUGAGUCUUGACUAUGACCAAUCAGGGCAAAUAGCCUCAGCCUCUGUGCAGGUUUUGUUGGCAGAGAGGUCACGUGUUGCCCGGAGGCCAGAGGGUGAACCAACAUUCCACAUUUUCUACCGACUGCUGGCUGGUGUUGAGGGGACACUUCGCAGGGAACUUCAUUUAGAUAGUCUUACUGGAGAGUCAAAUCUCUUCAUGACUCCACUCCAGAGGCAUGAGGACAAGCAGAAGGCCAUGCUGGAAUUUGCUCGGGUGUGCACUGCUAUGCAGGCUCUGGGCUUUUCUGAGGCAGAAAGUAAAGUUAUCUGGUCUGUCUUGGCUGCAAUAUAUCACCUGGGGAUUGCUGGUGCUGUUAAAGCAGGAGGUAGCAACAGCAGCCGAUGGCAUUUCUCCAAUCCUCAAGCAGCACAACAGGCUGCUCGUCUUCUAGGCACCACAGUCGAAGAACUGGCCCGUGUCUUGUUUGGGCACAGUUCAGGUGGAAUGGGUACGCCCUCUACCCCUCGUGCUCCCUUCCGGACCCCUUCACCUACUGAAAGGGUACUCGACAGGGAUGUCACAGGAUUGGAAGCUCUAGAAGGGAUGGUCAUUGGUCUCUAUGGAGAGGUAUUGAAUGCUGUGGCAGCACUUAUCAACAGAUCCAUAUCCACACCAAUCCAUACAGUGUCAUCGCUGGUGGUUGUGGAUUCCCCAGGCUUCCAGAACCCUGCUUCCUGUGGCCAGCAGGGUGGAGCAACAUUUGAAGAUCUCUGCCACAAUUACCUACAAGAACGUCUACAAUUGCUUUUCCAUCAUACAACUCUUGUUGCUCCAAAAGAUAGAUACACGCAGGAACAUAUAGAGCUGAAUUUGGAAGGAGGAGAUGGGGAUCUAUGCACUCCAGGUCCUCUGGUAUCGUUGCUAGAUCGAACCUCACAGAACUCGAUGGUGCGCACUUCACAAACAGAUCUCCGAGAAGCAGAUCGUCGGGGCCUACUUUGGCUUUUGGAUGAGGAGGCAGUGUAUCCUUCUGCCAGUGAUGAGGGGUUCCUGGAAAGACUGUUUACUCAUUAUGGAGACAGGGAUCACCAGCUGCUGCUAAGAAAGGCUCCAGGCAACAACCAGUUUAUCCUGCAGCAUCUUCAAGGCACAAACCCAGUCUUAUAUACAGCUUCAGGCUGGCUCAAAUCUUCCAGAGAGAACCCCAUUGCUCGCAGUUCAGUGGGAUUAUUGCAGGAGUCCUCUAGGGAGGAGGUGAACCAACUGUUUUUGAGUGUACGAGGACCAGGUGUGUCCAGUGCAUUAGGGGGCUCUGUGGUGGGCAUUGAAGGCACUCAGUCUCUUCGGCGAGCAUCUAGCAUUCGCCGCACUUUCACCACUGGUACUGCAGGUAUCAAGCGAAAGUCUGUCUGCCUUCAGGUCAAAUUCACUGUGGAUGGCCUAGUGGAAACGCUACGUCGAACCAAACUGAAGUUUGUCCAUUGCUUCCUCCCACACCAUAAUGCUGCUCUGGGUGAAUCUGUUAGGUCAGGAACCCUUAAAUCAAACAGCAGCCUGACUGGAAGCAACAUGUCAGAUGAUCUUCUCAUCAAUAUACCAUUAGUGCGAUCCCAGUUACGUGGAGCACAGAUACUAGAUGCUGUACGACUCCAUAAGCAGGGAUUUCCAAAGUUCCUGCCAUUGUCAGAAUUUCGGCGCAGGUUCCGGUUAUUGGCUCCUGCAGAUGGCCGCCCAGCCAGUCCUGUUCUUGAUGAGCGCCGAGCAGCUGAGGACAUGUUGCUUGGUAUAGACAUUGACAUGACAUCGUACCGUGUUGGCCUUAGUCAGAUAUUCUUCCGUUCUGGUGUACUGGCUCAACUGGAAGCUCAGCGAGAUGAGAGGCUCACAGAUAAUGUCGUCCGACUACAGGCAAGGUGCCGUGGUUAUCUUGCUCGACGGAAGCUUAAUAAACUCAAGAUUCAGGAUUUGGCUGUACGCUGUAUCCAGAGGAAUGUACGCAAGUUUAUGUCAGUACGUGACUGGCCGUGGUGGAGACUUCUCGUGAGGGUUACUCCACUUCUCAAUGUGCAUCGCACAGAGGAAGAGCUAAAAAUCAAAACAGAAGAACUGGAACAACUGAGGGCCAAGGUGGAGAAGUUGGAGCAGGAAAGAACACAUCUCAAGCACGAUAAUGACCGACUUGAAGCCAAGCUGAGUGAGAUGACAGCUGAUCUGGCAGAGGAGCACUCCACCUCAACGCUUGCCACUGAGCGGCUGGAGGCUGAGACAGCCGAUCGGUUGAGGCUGGAGAAGGAACUGCAGGAUGUACAGUCUGAAAACAAAAAUCUUCAGCAAGCUACAGAGCGACUGGAGAUGGAGUUACUGUAUAUGAGGGCUUCAGAUGUAAAUGGUGGGGUGGGUUCAGAUGAAGAUGGUGAGUGUGAAGAGGAUGCUGGUGUGUACAAGCAGCGGUAUGAACGUACUGUCCGUGAAUUGGAGUUCACUCGUCGUCGUCUACAGCAGCAGCAUGAAGAUGAUCUGGAGCAACUUGUUGGUCUUAAGAAACAGCUUGAGAAAAAGUUGGCUGAUGCAUUUGAGGAAGUAGAAGAACAGCGGCAGGUUGUAGGACAAUGGAAACGCAAGGUCCAGAAACUCACAGCAGAGACAAACGAUCUACGACUCCUCUUGGAAGAACAAAAUUCUCGGAAUCACCUUCUAGAGAAGAAACAGAGAAAGUUUGAUUCAGAACUCCAAUUAAUGCAUGAUGAGUUACGUCAGGAAAAGCAGCAGAAGGACCGGAUAUCGCGGGAAAAGGAGCUGCUUAUUGCGGAGAAAUACUCACUGGAACAGAAUCUUAGCGCUGUUCGUCUGGAGCUGGAACUAAAGGAAGAGAAGGUGGCAUCCCUGGCUCGAGAGCUUGAUGAACUCACGUUUGGAGGCAAGACUGAAGAGGAGGUGGCUCAUCUCAAAAAGACGAAACAUGAGAUGGACAAGAAGCUGAAGGAACAGGAGGAGGAAUUGGAUGACUUUGCUGGGCAAGUACAGCUCUUGGAGCAGGCAAAACUGCGUCUUGAGAUGAGUUUGGAGCAGCAACGUAAGGAGAACCGCAGGGAACUUGCCCAGCGAGAUGAAGAACUUGAAGAUGUCCGUUGCAAUGCUCACAAGAAAGUCAAAGCCUUGGAGGCCCAGCUGGAGAGUGAGCAUGAGGAGCGAACACAGUUAUUGAGAGAGAAACAUGAGCUGGAACGACGUUUGGGGGCUUUAGAAGAAGAAGGUCGUGCCAGCCGUGCCACAGAUGAAGAUCAGUUGCACAGACUACGCAAGGAUCUGCGACGAACUAAAGCCUUAUUACGGGAUGCACAGACACAACUGGAACGCUCAAGGGGUGAUUCUCCUGGCAAGGCAAUCCUCCGUCAGCUGAGAAACCAGCUGGAGGAUGUGGAAUGUGCGCGAUCAGCUGCAGUGAAGGCUCGCCAGAGUGCUGAGAUGGAGCUGGGUGAAGUUCAGGCACAGCUAGAUGAGUCACAGCGAUUAAAGGCAGAAGCAGAGGAGAGGGCAGCAGCUGCCAUAAGGGAGCGCUCUGAUAUCCGCACACAACUUGAGGAGAAUGAGGAGGAACUAGCAGAGGUACUGAAGAAAUACCGCACAGUAGUCCAACAGCUGUCUGUGGACCAGAUGGCUCUGCAAGAACAAGCAGGGCUUGUGGCAGAGCUGGAGAGUGAACGUUCUGCCCUCAAGGAACAGUUGGCUGAACUAUCAUCUCGUCUUGAAAGCAUCGAGACACACAGUGAUCCCAGCUCAUCCCUUACACAGCGAAGAUUAGAACUACGUACUAAAGAGCUGGAAUCAAGGUUGGAACUGGAGCAGACCACGCGAGCCAGGAUGGAGGUCCAGAUCUCACGACUAAAGGAGACAGUGGAAAAGUUGCAAGGGGAGGCCGCAAUGGCACGAGCCAAAGAACAGACUGCGCAGGAUGCUGCACGGAAGCUGCAGCGCUCAGUACGUGAACUGAAAGAGGAAGCAUCAGCAGGACAGGCCCGUGAGAAUGAGGCAGCACAGAGGCGGAAGGACCUUGAGAAGAGACUUGAGUCUGCUGACGCUGAGGCAGCGGCUGCUAGAGGAGAUCUACGUCUUGCACUUACUAGAAUCCAAGACUUACAAUCAGCCAUCCAGGGUGAACUAGAAGACUGCAGUGGGAGUGAUCACUCAGACAGUGAUCAAGACAGUGAUUGUUCAGAUGAAUCCAUUAAUACAUUCCUGUCCAAUCACAAGAUGCCUUUGGGGUCCAGCACUGCAAAUUCAAAUCCACGAGUACGAACACCAUUAGAAUUAGACAUUGUGUCCAGAUCUCUAAAAAAUCCAACGAAGGUGUGCACAAAUGUGAGGGGUGAAUCACAGGAGUCUUUUGCAUGAAAAAUAGAAACUUGUAUUAAAGCAGGAUGGCACAUGACACACAUUGUUCGAAUAUGGAUAUAUCAAGACAAGAAGUUGAUCUGAAUACUGUACUCCUUAUUCCUACAUCCAUUAUUUUUCUAUGUAACAUGUAAUGGAAAAAUCUCAACAUUUGUUUUUAGUGAACCUGAACUCUGAGGUUUAUUACACACGGUUUCUGUGGAAGGCUGUGCAUUAAGGCUGACCUGAUGCAUUACAUUACUAUACAAAUUUAUACAGAACAAGUGUAUUGCAUAACUUAUAUUUCCAGGAACUAUUUAUGGAUCUGAAACAGUCAAACUGUUCACUUACUCAAUGUUGCCAUGCCAUCCUGCAGUACCUAAUAUCAUACUUUCACCAUAGCUUAGUUGGCAUUGAAUAAUACAGACUAAUGGGAUUCAAUCUUAUGCCAUUAGCUUUUUACACAACUGAGAUACAUACAUUUGCGACUUGUCUCAAAAUACAGCUCUCUCCAAAAACAUUUUGUAGACUGUGAAUUAUUUUCCAAAUGGUUCAUUAAAAUGGACUGUUUGACUACUUCAUUCAUAAGGAGAACAAUUUAGAGGGGGGAAUUGUCAUUAUUACAUCUUUUACUGCCUUGUAAGUAAGUCAUAACAAAUUUAAUAUCAAAAUAGGGGGUUAUAAAAGUAUUUUGUUCCAUAUAUUUAUGUUAGUGUGUUUUUAGUAUAUUUCCAAUGUGCGCUCUGAUGUAUUAGUAUGUACAAUAUAAUUUAUCAAUAAAUUAAACUGUGAUUUCA